AUGGCCACCACCAGCAACGCCCAAGGAGACGAACCGCCAAGAUCUACCGCACUGGAAAGGCAGGUCCAGACCCUCAUGACGGCAGUCGAACGACUCACAAAGCAGAAUCAUGAUUUGGAGGAACAACUACGUCAAAGGGAUGUAGGACCUAACCCUCAGGAACGAAACCAGGAAGGUGACAGUGCCGAGCGAAGGGAGCGGGAGAAUCCAGAGGACAGCAACAUCCCAAGCCGACAGGAGCGGCAAAACGAGAGCCUUCCGUCUCUCACGGAUCCUGCCCCCCCACCUAUCAUUGUGGAGAUGCAAGUGAUGAAGGAACAGAUGGAGGUCAUGAUGAAUGCCCUCAAGGGGCGGGUAUCCUCCAACCUCGACGAUUUAGUGAACAGGAUCGACUCACCAUUCACCGCGUCCGUCAACUCAUUCCCCCUGCCACCGAAGUUCCGAAUGCCUCAGAUCGAAAGUUACGAUGGGGUCAAGGACCCCCUCAAUCAUCUAGAGACCUUCAAGACCCUGAUGCACCUUCAGGGGGUACCUGACGAGAUCAUGUGCAAGGCAUUCCCGACCACACUGAAGGGACCUACGAGGGUUUGGUUCAGUAGACUGACACCGAACUCCAUCAAUACUUUCAAGGAGUUGAGCGCCCAGUUCACCUCCCACUUCAUUGGCGAACAUCGGUAUAAGAGGUCCACCGCGUGCUUGAUGAGCAUCAAGCAGCGAGAAGACGAGACGUUGCGAGCCUACAUAACCCGUUUCAACAAAGAAGCCCUUUCGAUCGACGAAGCGGACGAUAAGAUAUUGGUGGCCGCGUUUACAAGUGGGCUGCAGAAAGGAAAGUUCUUGUUUUCCUUGUACAAGAACGACCCGAAGACCAUGGCGGAUGUACUCUACAGGGCUACCAAGUAUAUGAAUGCAGAAGACGCACUGUUGGCCCGCGAAGAGAAACCUAAGAAGAGGGAGAGGCAGGAGGAUAUGCGAUAA